AGGGGUGCUGGGUCAGAUGAGGCCUUAUACCCUUUUUAGCUAGUACAACAGGCUAGCAAAUCCCUUCAUCGUAGUUGGCGGUGAUAUGUAAACUUAUUUUUUGGCGUCUGCGCCACCUUUGGAUGCUCUUGCAGAAAAUAGAGACAUUGCUAAUCUGGUAAUGAUCCGACUAACUUGUUUAACUUGUUCCUCUUAUCUUCUUCUACGACUUCAUCGGCAGUAGAAGUUGCAGAUCAGUUUUCUAUCAUCAAGCUCGACUUAUUUGGAAAGAUGACCAAGGCACCACAGCUAGGAGAAAUAACGGGGAGCGCGAAGUUGUUCCUCAGUUUUCCAAUUGGCAAGGAUGGCAAAAAGAAAACUAGGACACCUCUGGUGUCCACUACCCCCUGUAAGUUUGAGCCGCAACCAGCAGCUUAUUCUACGAAGCCGCAAAAUCGGGUCAGGGAUGCUGUACCUUUGAGUGGCUCAGCUGGAUCAGACGGCAAUGGGGACGUCUUGGAGCUAGCGGUAGAGAAAUCUUGGAAGCAAUGCCAAAACAGGUUCUUGGGUGAUAUAAUCGAAAGUACCAAUGGUAAUGGUGUUGCGCAAUUUCCAUGCCCAUCUUCAAGCAGGACGAUCAUCUUCAAACGGACAUUCUUAGACUCGGAGUUGACUGACAAUCGCGCCAGAUGGGACCGCGACGGGUUUUUUGCUACUUGGCAUUACGAUCCGGGAGUAGGGAUUGCGCUAUCAGUACAACAGGCCUUGGAGAAAAGGUCUUUUGGGGUGUCUUUAGGCGUCGACAAUUCUUCUUGGUCAAAUAUGUAUGAAAAAAUAUGGUCGGAAAUUCCAAACUACAGCAUCAAGACGGCAUCUUCAAAGAAAGAUUUUUGGGAUCUAGCAACGAGAAAAAACUUUUGGAUGGCAUUGUCGGCUCCGCAAUAUUAAGGCUUGGAAGUAGCUGACAUCUCUGUUAGCAUGUCCAUGACUUUUAAAAACUAAUUGGGACGACUUCUAAUGCGCGGGAGUUAUAAUUGAACAAAAUACCUUUACCUACAGCCUUUCUUGUAUUUAGUAGUAAAUACGAAAUCGAAAGUUGCCAUAGAUCAUAUGCGACCUGGAUCGGUCAAGUUGCAACCCCUAACAAUAUAUCUUCUUAAGUUCGAGCUCGUUUGGAGACGGAGACGACGAUAACAGUGGUGGAGACAGUCCAACGAGCAGCGAAGAAACUUCUGUUAAGGCCUCACGCAAUCCAUCUUUUAGUUCAUCUGUAAGCUGUGUGUUUUCAAAUAGGAAAAUGGCCUCAGAUGAGCGAAAAGAUGGAUUGUAGUGAGUUCUAAUUCUGUUGGGUCGACUACGACCUGUAGUUCAUCUACUUCGGGUGUUGAUCGAGAAGAACGAGCAGAAGGUGAAGAUUCCUCAGGAGCAUCCUUUGAAGAUGCUACACCUGCGUCCGCUAAGAAAAAACCAUCUGCGUACCAGUUGGUCAUGAAAGUACGAGCCGAAGAGAAGGAGAAGGAGCAAGGAUGCGAGACUGGAGGACUUGAGGGUUUGCAACAUGCGUGCACAUUGAUCGAACGGUACAUGGGAUCAGUGUUGAUGUCCUCUGGAGGGUUUCAGGAGGAGGGAAAUAAACUGGGGUCGCAAGAAACUAAAGAGAGCAGAAGUUCGCUCCCCUCUCUGAAAGCAACGGUGUUAACAGCGCACCUGAUGAACAAGAAAGCUGACGACCACCACAAGUCAUCCGGUAAUAAGGUAACUACGGAUCAUGCUGGUGCAGGAACAAGUCCUAGUUCCACUGGGAAAGCCGCCGCCGGUUGUACUGCGCCAGGUUCAAAUCAAAAAACUACUGGGUGGACAAAGCUCGCAUCUCAAAAAAGCACUAUCCCGAGUUUAUUGAGUUCGCCAAGCUCCAUGACCGAUAAAAAGAAUAGUGCCCCUCUUCUCGGUGCAGCAGCUGCAGCCGCAGAGAAGACAAUUAUAUUAUCGCCUAUUCCAGCAGAAAAGCCCCCCACCAGCACCAGAUAUAUUUCUUUCUGCUAUGCUUGGUACGCUAGGACCGCGGAAGUGAAUUCCAAAGUCGUCUACUUUCACGCAGACGGCGUGCCCGAAGACCAUCAAGGUUUGAUGGACUAUUGGAUCGUGACUCAGAAACGAAAUGGCAGAACAGGAAAAGAACAUCUCUGCCAAAGCUUGGCAUUAGCAAGAUUCUUGGAUCAAUUGGCGAAACUUGGGAAAACUGAAAUGCCUGGUGUCAUAGUUGAAAAGUCUAAAAGAAGUACAAUUUCUUGUACGGGGUCUGCAAUUAUGCCGGCUACUGCUUCAUUAGCAGUCCUACCGACGCUUGUUAUGGCUCGAUCGAAUUCAUCAAGUUCCCUAGGUGGACAAGGUCUUGGGGGUCAAAGCAAGGCCACUGCGCAACAUCAAUGCGAAGAUGACAAAGACGCUCCUGUGGUUUCGGUAAGUGGGCAGAAGUUGAAUGCUCUACGACGGAUAUUGGAUCUAGAGCAUGGAGGCGAUUAUUUUCCGGUUAAUGGUGCUGGUUCCACCCAAACUUCUACGAGUGAUAGCUUGGAACUAACGCCCAAAGACAUCCAUAGUCUUGUGUUGUAUUUGCUUAGAAGUGGUGGAGAAAGGAGUACUAGUAGUUCUGGAGGUUCGGGGGGUGUUGCCGCUGCGAGGCCCAAGACAGCUGCAGCCACAACUGACUCUUCCGCAAUUGUUCGCAACAAAUCUGCUCUACCUGUUCCAGUGAAAGACAAGAAAGUCUCUAUGGAGUCUCGCGUCAGGCUUUUCUUCAAGAUCAACCUUGACCUGCUCGAAAUUCUCCGCGACAAGCUUCUCCCCUCCGAAGUUGACCAUGCAAAUUUUUGGCUUUUUCACAGCAAACACCUGCCUCAAAACGAAGGUCUGCCUUCGACUAGUUUAGGCGUCGUUCCGAUGGGCAUCUCAAAACAGCUGGAGGAUCCCAUGCAACCCGGCCACAGCUUAGCCAGCUCGCCCUCUCCAACUAGAAACUUCUUGCCGGAUACAGCCAAGAAUCGCCGGCUGCUGGAACGUGGGGAAGCGGGGACUCGCAGCACAGUCCGGUACCUCGCGGAUGCAAGGAGUGCUAUUGUCUUUAAGACGCUGGGCUGCUAUCAUAGCAGCUUGAAUUAAGGCUCAGCUUUCAAUGGUCAUCAUUUAGAUUGGGGUUGGUCACUGAGAUCGAGGAGGCGACCCCUUGAGGAAAGAUUGGGGGAAAACGAAGGGAAAGGGGAGAGCUUUGAAGGGGGCCUCUCUCGUUCAGCUUCAGUGACCAGUGAAUGCUGAGCUUUAAUUGAAGCUGACGAGAAAUGCGGGAAAUGUUGAGUCCGCUUAUGGAGGACCAGACGGUGAUCGAAGCAGCAUAGACUUUCGAGUUUUAUCCAUCGUAUGGGAAAGCUUUCCUAAGGUGAUGGCGCAUUUUUUAGCGAUAUUGAUUGAGAAGUACCUUUUUCUUUAAAUCAACAGCGAGUCUCUACUCUCUAGUACGGUCAUCAGGAAAGUUGGCAACAGGGACAUAUGCAGCAUGCAGAGAGAUGCAGUUUUUAUGGAUUGUUUUCUAGUACUUGCAUUCGUAUUCCUUGUACAGAUUUGAAUAGCUUGCGAUCUAAAUCUAAUAGUUUUCGUGUGAGUGCUGUUGAUUCAAUUACGAACAUCGAAAUCCUAAUGAAUAAUAGACAACUUGAUGUAGCUUUGGAUUUGGUAUUAUUUUUAACAUCUCCUGCUUCAGGAUUACAAUUCUAGAAUUCUAAGUAAUAUUAGAUCAUCUUGCGCAGCUUUUAUUUUGAGCGUCGACCAAAGACAAAGUCAAAGAUCUUCAUAAAAGCACUGAUG